ACCGGGUCGGAUUGAUCCGGUUGAGACGGUCAAAAUUUCCAUAAAUCAGAGUCUUUCUUUUAAAAGCUCGUUUCCUGAACCCUCCAGCGACGACGCCGGUGAGAGUCCGACAGAGAGCGUCGCCUCCUUCCUUCCAGUAAAGCGUAGUAAAGAAAAUUAGCGGUAGAAAAAUGGACGCUGUUCUCUUCUAAAAUUCUUAUCAAAGCCGUUAAAAAAGUUAUUUCCAAUAUGGAAACUGAAAAUUCAGAUGUGUCAAAGGCUGAAGAAUUCAAAGUCCUUGCAAACGAAGCCUUCAAUGCUCGCAAAUAUGCCCAAGCUAUUGAUUUAUAUACUCAGGCAAUUGAACUGAACAGUCGAAAUGCUGUUUACUGGGCUAAUCGUGCAUUUGCACAUCUUAGGCUUGAGGAAUAUGGUAGUGCGAUACAAGAUGCUACAAAGGCCAUUGAAGUUGAUCCUAAAUAUUCAAAGGGUUAUUACAGGCGAGGUGCUGCUCAUCUUGGCAUGGGGAAAUUCAAGGAAGCACUGAAGGAUUUUCAGCAGGUCAAGAAAAUGUGCCCAAAUGACCCUGAUGCAACAAAGAAAUUAAAGGAAUGUGAAAAGGCAGUUAUGAAACUUAAAUUUGAAGAAGCAAUUUCUGCCCCAGAUGCUGAAAGGCGUUCAGUAGCUGAAUCCAUCGAUUUCCACUCUAUAGGAAAGGGUCACAAUUCUUUGAUGCCCACCGAAGUGACCAUAGCAGCAGUGACAGUAGCAGUUAUGGCAGCAGUGGUGAUGUUGUUCAGGACAUCUGUGGCCACAAUGGUAGCUGCAGUUGUGGUUGGUCUUCUGUUGUUACUUGGGGCAUAUCGGUGGAGUAGCUCCAAUGCUGAUGUGGAGCCGCAAUACACAGGAGCAAGAAUAGAGGGGGAUGUUGUUACUUUGGAUUUUGUGAAAAAGAUGAUGGAUGAUUUUAAGAAUCAAAAGUGCCUACAUAAACGGUAUGCCUACCAAAUUGUAUUGCAAACGAGAGAGAUGUUGUUAACCUUGCCUCCUCUUGUUGAUAUAAAUGUUCCUGAUGGCAAGCAUUUCACUGUUUGCGGUGAUGUGCAUGGUCAGUACUACGAUCUCUUGAACAUCUUUGAGCUUAAUGGGCUUCCCUCGGAAGAGAAUCCAUACCUUUUUAAUGGUGACUUUGUGGAUAGAGGAUCUUUUUCACUGGAAGUCAUCCUCACUUUGUUUGCAUUCAAGUGCAUGUCUCCAUCAGCCAUAUAUCUAGCUAGAGGGAAUCAUGAGAGCAAGAGCAUGAACAAGAUAUAUGGUUUUGAGGGUGAGGUCCGCUCAAAGUUAAGCGACACAUUUGUGGAACUAUUUGCAGAAGUCUUCUGCUGUUUACCUUUGGCUCAUGUGAUAAACGGGAAGGUUUUUGUGGUUCAUGGAGGUCUUUUUAGUGUUGAUGGGGUCAAACUCUCUGACAUUAGAGCAAUUAACCGAUUUUGUGAGCCUCCAGAAGAAGGAUUAAUGUGCGAAUUGCUAUGGAGUGAUCCACAACCUCUUCCUGGGCGGGGUCCAAGCAAGCGUGGUGUAGGUCUUUCUUUUGGUCCCGACGUGACAAAAAGUUUUCUGAAGGAAAAUAAUUUAGAGUUGGUUGUCAGAUCUCAUGAGGUAAAGGAUGAGGGUUAUGAGAUCGAACAUGAUGGUAAACUCAUAACUGUAUUUUCUGCUCCAAAUUACUGUGACCAGAUGGGUAACAAAGGUGCAUUCAUUCGAUUUGAAGCACCGGAUUUGAAGCCAAACAUUGUUACGUACUCAGCAGUGCCACACCCGGAUGUGAAGCCAAUGGCUUAUGCGAACAACUUCCUUCGGAUGUUCUCAUAAUCUCACAUGGCUUUCUGGGGUUCAUUCUGGUUAGCAAUAUCUCUGCAAUCCAACAAGGAAGGAUUCUUUGGCCCAGCCAUAGAAGACCCCGUACAAGUUGACAACUUUGUGCCAAUAUAUAUAAUUUUUUUUCCCCUCCUUUUGGGCUUAACGUUAUUCAAAUUCAUUUUUUCCCACAAGUUUCCCUUUGUCUCUUUGUACUUUUGGUUAUUUGGUGAACCAUGUGCAGGGAAUUUGGAGUUAGAUUUAUUAGCUCCAUGAAACUUUUUUUGUUGGUUUUUUUCUUGAACUUUGUGAAAUUACUGUGCUUAGGGAAAUGAAUGAUUAUUUAUUGUGUUGAA